AAGCAACCCUGUUGUGAUUUGCAUUUUAAAUUUUUCUUUUUUCCUCUCAUUGUACAGAAUGCUGUAGCAGUAGCUUCAGUUCAUUUGCCACAGUCUGUCUUCUCUCAGUCUUCAGCCUUGCAAUCUGUUGAUAACUCCACUUGCAAGCUACAGUUUAUUGUCUUUCGGAAUGGAAAACUCUUUCCUAGCACGGGAAACUCAUCAAAUCUUGCAGAUGACGGGAAACGUAGGACGGUUACCACACCAGCUGUCUUUGCUAAAAUAGAUGGAUGCAGUUUUGGAAACCUCACCACCCCUCUUACUAUAGGUUUGAGACACUUUGUAAGAGGUAUAGACCCCAUUGCAGCCUUUUGGGAUUUUGACCUUCUAGAUGGACAUGGAGGCUGGUGUGGAGAAGGGUGCCACAUAAUUAGCUCUGCAGGCAAUAUUACCAUCAUUCAGAGUACACACUUCAGUAACUUUGCAGUGCUAAUGGAUUUGAAGACAGUGCUCUCCUUUCCCCAGUACCCAGGGGAGUUCCUGCACCCUGUGGUAUAUGCAUGUACUGCAGUCAUGUUAUUGUGCCUGUUUGCGUCCAUUAUCACUUACAUUGUGCAUCACAGCACAAUCCGAAUCAGUAGAAAAGGAUGGCACAUGCUUCUCAACUUCUGUUUCCAUACUGCUCUUACUUUUGCUGUCUUUGCUGGUGGAAUCAAUCGCAUAAAAUACCCAAUUGUAUGUCAAGCUGUUGGCAUAGUGUUGCAUUAUUCCACCCUCUCCACUAUGCUAUGGAUCGGAGUAACUGCAAGGAAUAUUUAUAAGCAAGUCACAAAAAAAGCUCAGCCAUGCCAAAAUAGUGACCAACCUUCUUAUCCAAAACAGCCUUUGCUCAGAUUUUAUCUAAUUAGUGGAGGUGUUCCUUUUAUUAUAUGUGGGAUUACAGCAGCGACCAACAUCAAUAAUUAUGGAAUUGAAGGCAAUGCCCCAUAUUGUUGGAUGGCUUGGGAACCUAGCCUCGGUGCAUUUUAUGGGCCAGUAGCGUUCAUUGCGCUAGUCACCUGUGUUUACUUUCUCUGUACAUACGUGCAAUUGAAGCGUCAUCCUGAACGCAAGUAUGAAUUAAAAGAAAGGACAGAAGAUCAGCAAAGACUGGCAAGUACUGAAGUGGGUCAUAGUCAUAUUACAGACUCUGGGUCAGUUUCCCAGACAACAUGCUCCAUGAUUUCUUCUUCUUUGUUGGAAAACGAGCACUCGUUUAAGGCUCAGCUUCGAGCUGCGGCGUUCACUUUGUUCUUGUUUACUGCCACUUGGACCUUUGGAGCACUUGCUGUAUCUCAAGGACAUUUCUUGGAUAUGAUAUUUAGCUGCCUCUAUGGAGCAUUUUGUGUGACCUUGGGGCUCUUCAUUCUCAUCCAUCACUGUGCAAAGCGAGAUGAUGUAUGGCAUUGCUGGUGGUCCUGUUGCCCAUCUAGAAGAAGCACAUAUUCUGUACAAGUUAAUGUCCGCCCAAAGAUUAAUGUCAAUGGGGACACGCAGGUUCAUGCACCGUGUCUUCAAGAGUCACCAUGUCCUAACAAAUCAGCUGUUUUUAAUCAGCCAGCUGCUAAUCACUGCAAGCUUACUAAUCUACAAACUGUUCAAAACCAUGUUAACUGCCUUUCACCAGUUACACCAUGUUGUGCAAAAAUGCACUGUGAUCAACUUUUGGAUGAUGAAGCUCAUAUACAUGUGCAUAACGAGGGAACUUUCAGGCCCAACAUGCACAUUCACAGAUGUCUGAAAAGCAGAACUAAACCACGUUACUUCAGUCGACAUAGAUCUGCAGGAGAAAGAGAAUAUGCCUAUCAUAUUCCUUCGAGCAUUGAUGGCAGCAUCCACAGUUCACAUACAGACAGUCCACACAGUACGCAUGAUAGUCAGUCGGGGCACAGACGGGCUUGCUGUGCGAAAAGUGAUGCAUAUCCUACUAUCAACCAGCCUGAAAGUAGCGAUGCAAGUACUGUAAUAUACAGUUGUGCUAAAAUCCCAGAAAGUGACACUGUGCACCAUACAGCUCAUUUUGAGAUGCAUCCACGAACACAAUCAUUGCCAUUUAAUACAACUAAUCACAAUGGAAUUCUCAAGGGAAAUGUGCAUGAAGCCAUGAUAUACAGUUCAGAUAGCACAGGAAAUAUCAAAACUGGUCCUUGGAAGAAUGAAACUACUGUGUAGUUCAUGGGCUACUAUAUUGUCCUUUUCAACUCACAUCAUCUUCAGUUUUGUUUUUAUUCUAAACUGAAUAAGAUUACAUGUUUGUGUAGCACAUCAGCAAAUUGUACAGGUUUUCCACCUUUAUUUCUGUUUUCUGAAUGAGUGACUAAAAGAGAGAAGCAGCAGCAGUGUUUUAAAAGUGAAGUUAUUUUUAAAAGAAUGUUAGAAAAUUGUUCUGGGAGAGAAUUUGAAACUGAAGUCUAGAGUACUGAAUAUAAGAGGCAAUAUCCUUUUGUUACAAAGAACAGUAUUUCUUUAGAAAUACAUCACUUAAUUCAUGAUUUUGUUUUUUUUAACUCUAUGAUAACUUCAGACUCUUUUAUAUACAUAUCUGCAUCUUUUACUUAUUUAUUUUUGUAGCAAAAUAUUAUUACUGUGCCAUGGAUUUUAAUCAGAAGUUACAAUAAUAAAAACGAGGAGCAGGAUUUUAUAAAAUUAUUGAUACAGCUUUUUAGCCCUACAAAGUGAUACUGCCUCUAACGAUCUUCUGUAGCAUAUGGCCUGUAAAAUCAUGUAAUGUACAGUCUCCGUUACGUCUCUUUUCUUGUUGGAAAGAAGUACUAGGUAAUGUCUGUUACAUCUAUGGUGCUGUAUUGAUUGUAUUUUGCAUGACAUACGUCAGGAUAUACCAUUUGCUGUGUUGUAGUGUUACAUGUGUAAAAACAAGUAUUGUAAAAGGCUGUGGAAACCCUGUUGGUAUUAAUCUAGAGCAUUAUGAAUCUACAAAAAAUCACUACUGCACUAGUUUAAGUGGCACAAUCCUUUGUAUAAGGUUAUAUGAUAGCUUUGAUAAGGGUCCACUCUAAUGUCUUUACAGAGCAUGCACUACUCAUUGUAUGUGACACUGUGCAGUGUAAUAGCAAUUGUCUCAACAAGUUUUACACUUCUUUGUAAAGUAUGCCUUUUGAACAAAUCUGUAAGCUGUUUCACAAUAACCUUUCAAAAAUCUGUUUAGAUAGAGCAGUUUUAUCAUUAACUCUUUGAGGACUACUGUCAUUUUCUUAAAAAUAGCUUAAUCUAGUUCAGAAAGACUGUAUAUACUAUAUUGUCUAUUUAAUCAUAUGAACCAUGUAGUCCAGAGUUGUUAGGAAAGUGAACAUUUAGUCAUUUUCCAGAAACAUAACUUUCCAGAUACUAAUUUAUUAAUUUCACAUGUUAUGUGAAAACCACUUUCCGUCCCAGCAAAUUUCAGAUUGUCUUUAUCCUUUAAUGCAAAUUUGACCUUCAAAAGCAGUUACUUGUGUUCAUUAAUUCCGCUCAACCAUGGGGCAUUUUAGGGUCAGUAACAUUCUCUGCUAACAAGGCUUUUGGCAAGAAAUUCUUUGUCCAUGAACGUCUGUACACAAAGCGUCAACUCACAGGACAGAGCUGAUUUAUAAUUAUCCUUAUGUGAAAUGAAACUGUUUUUUAAAAUAAGAAGGCUGCAAAGUAAGAAUGAGUUAUAUAAUGUGAACAGAAACAGAUAGCUGGAAGAAAAAUGUCUGCAAUGAAAGGAGAGAAGUGGUUCCAUAAAUAAAAAGACAAAGCACAAUGUUGUAUGGCCAUGUGAACAAGUCUGUCAUAUUCUAAGACAGGCUUGGGUAGCUGAUACAUUGCUAUAGAGAAAAGAACAAAUAAUAAAAGCCCCUUGAUGGAGCAUCAAUUUACAAUGUGUAUUUUGCAGAAAUACUUACAAGCUUCAGUCCAUCAUUUGUGUUUUAGCUGCAGUUUUUUAGUCCCUACUUUUUUUUUAAGUUAUGUAGGAAUACAUUUCCUAACAGUGUACAUAUAGAUGACAAUUAUAAUUGUUGCAAUGUUAUAAAAGUGCAUAAGUCAAAUGAAUGUGUUCUGCAGUGUUGCAGGUGGGAAUUAGUACUCAAAGGGUUAAUGCUCAGUAUCUGAGUGCAAGAAAUCGUUUUUCUGUAUUUUUGUAAAUUUGAAAUAUAUAUUGUAAACUACAGCAGUGUAAUGUAUCCAUUUCGUAUUAUGUGUGGCGUUAAAAGGUGAGCAGGAAGAAUGCACUAGUUGGUUGUUGAGUUUUAAACCAGUAUACAACCGUUUCAUGACUGCUUCUUUAAAUGAUGGGGGGAAUUUAAAAAAAAACAACUGUGUUUUAUUGUGUAUAUGCUGUAUGUGCUUGAACUGUCUCAAAACUAAAAUACAGUAUUUUCAUUGUUUGCAUAAUGCAAUAUUUUCUGUUUAAUAAUUAUUUUCAUUUUAAUAUUAUUUUAUUAUCAUUUCACAUAGACAGUGAGCCCUAAGCAAGCACAGACAUAAUGCUAAAUACCACUUCUCUGUAUCUCAGCACUAUAUAUUCAUUCUGUAAUAAAUGAAUCUUAGAGGGUCUAUAGGCCAUUAGGCAAAAUAUCCCACAUACAUGGCCAGGUGAAAUAUUCACUUUGCUAGAACACACUCAGUGAGGCUCUUUAUUCAGCUUGUGUUUCUGUCACCCGUGUUGUUUUGUCUGAGAGGCUUGUGUAUGAUCUUCAUAAUGGCUUACAAAGAAGUAAAAUAGGUGCUGCUUUCCACAGAAUAUCUUAUGUGAUAAAACUCUCUGGAAAAUUAACGUUAAAUAUGAAAACACCUUUCUUAUUGUGUUAAAAUAUUAAUUUAGUAAAUAUUUUGGGGCUAAUUUGGAAAAGAUGUGUUAUGCAAUAAUCUGUUUGCAUAUUAUUUUUUCAGAAAUAUAUAACUACAGAG